AGGAGGCGGAGCGAAAAGAACAGUCUCCUGUGGAGAAUUCGUCACGGACGGAAGUGACGUACACGAGAAAGGCGGGCGCUCACUUUUACAGCUUCCUCGUGAGUUGUCUGUGCCGUCUGCUGCUUUCUAGCCUUGGGAGGGAUCAUGCAGCCUGCUGAGACCUGGUCUCUGUUUGAGGCUGCUCAGAAUGCAGCUUUGAUGGAAGGACUUUGUCUUGACACUGAAUCAUCAAGGGAUGUCUCCUCUGCUGCAUCAGUUCCAGUUACUAAGGAAGCGGAUCGUAUUUGUGGGGUCUUGGAGGUGUCUGACCGGAUGUAUUGCUCUGCCUGCUCAAGGGCCUUUGACAGUCGAGAGGAACAGACUGAACAUUACCGGCUGGAUUGGCAUCGCUUCAACAUUAAGCAGCGUUUGCUGGGCCGCCAGAUGCUCACAGCUGAAGAAUUUGAGGCAAAUGCUCAAGCAGGUGAUGUCUCUAGCAUCUCUGGUUCAGAUUCCAGUGACUCUGACAGCGAAUCUGACCCGCCACCUUACCAGGACAGUGAAGGCAAGGAGAGUGAUCAUCAGAGCUCUUCACCGUGUUCACGCUCUCAACGGAUCCUGUUCAGAAACUCCCAAGGCCAGCUCCUCUCAGUCUAUCGCUGUGUGCUGAGCACUAUAAAGGGCAGUGUGGAGGAGACUGCAGAGCUGGUGGCGUCGCUUCAGAGGCAGAGCCCAGGGACCUCCUGGGUUAUCCUGAUGUCUGGCGGAGGACACUUUGCGGGAGCUGUCUUUAAGGGGAAUGAUGUACUGGAGCACAAGACCUUCCACCGGUAUACAGUGCGAGCUCGCCGAGGUACAGCCCAAGGGAUACGGGAUGCUCAGGGAUCUAUGCCAAAAUCUGCAGGGGCCUCACUGCGGCGCUACAAUGAGGCUGCCCUGCUCAAGGAUAUUCAGGAGUUGUUGGCCAGCUGGGCAGGACACCUGCAAGAAGCAGAGUGCAUCUUCCUUCGUGCCCCUCGCGCCAACCGGUCUCGCUUCUUCAGCAAUAGAAAUGGCCCUCUUCAGCGAGGUGAUCCCCGUAUCCGGGGCAUUCCUUUCAGCACCCGAAGAGCUACCUUCCGAGAGGUGCAGCGGGUACACCAGGCUCUGAGCAGUUUGCAAGUGUAUGGGAAGGACACAGCAGUGGAGGAGCUGAUUGGCUCUCCUCGGAAGAGCUGGAGAAAAGUUGCUCAGUGGGAUGAAGUAGCUCCACAAUGUCAAGACACUACCUCCCCAGCACAAUUGGCAGAUGAGGAGGAAGAAGAGGGAGAAGGAAGUCUGGAGUUGGUGGAGAUGACACUGAGUACACUGGAACUCCGUGAGUUUGAGGUGGCACCUAAAUGGAAGCACAAAAAGAGAAAGAAGAAACCAAAAGCACCCACAGCAUCUUGCACGGAGACUUCAGGAGGUAUUGAUGAGCCGGAGGGCUCAUCCAGAAGAGAGGAGUUGCCUAAGGCCCGGAAAUAUCUGGAGACUCCAGAAGUUCCCAACACACCCCUGCAAGAUUCCUUGUUCACAACUUGCAAGACGGGAGACUUGAGAGCACUACGUCACCUCUUGGGAAUGGCUGAUGGCACAGCAGGGAUAGAAGAAUGCAAUGGUGACACCGCACAGCAAUUACUCAAUGCCCCGCUAGAUGAGAGUGGCUGGACCCUUUUGCAUGUGGCAGCAGCAGCGGGGAGGAGUGCAGUUGUGCGGCUGCUUUUGGAGGCUGGUGCUGACCCUGCCCUCAGGGACAGGCAAGAACAACCUCCAUACUGUGUCUCUGCUGACAGAAAAACCCGUAGUGAAUUCCGUAGAUUCAUGGGUGAACAGCCUGAGAAAUAUGACUAUGUCCGGGCUCAGGUGCCUGGACCCCUAACAGCUGAAAUGGAAGCCAAGCAGGCAGAACGCCGCCGAGUAAACAAGGCCCAGCGAAAGCAGCGUGAGAAAGAGGAGCGAGAGGCACGCCAACUGCUGGAGCAAGAAGAGGAUGAAAAAAGGCGCUUUGCCCUGCUGAGUGAACGUGAGAAGCGAGCUCUGAUGGCUGAGAGAAGAUUUGCUGCCCAACUAAAAGAUACCAGUGCAUCUUUGACCAAUACUAGGCGCUGCUGGCUGUGUGGAGAAUCACUGCUGGGCCGCAUUCCUUUCCAUUACCUCGACUUCUCCUUCUGCUCCACCAACUGUCUGCAGACUCAUCGCCAAGGGAAGGCUGCCAAAUCCUAGCAAGGGCCUUUGCCUGCACCCCAAUGAACUAUGCUUCUGGAAUCUGAAUGGAAGUGGAGGAAGCUCUAUGGCUACGAUGCUGUGACUGAGCAAAGUGGCAGCACAGCUAGAAGUAGCCUUUUUCAUGUGCCCUGUAAGAAACGAAAACUAAUCUGGGAAGUGGUACCUUCUGGGCUGAGAAUCUCAAAGUACACUCAAAUCCAGGAGAUAUGUUCCUGAAACAAGACAAGAGCUAUAGUGUACUUUAUAAGCUAGCAGUUCUUUGCUCAAAAUGGUGGCUGGAGGCCCACUUCUUGCCACAACCAGGUCUAGUACACAAGUAUAAAGCUUUCCAUAGCACAAGAUCUGCAGGUUGGUUUAAGGAUAGAACCACUGUUCUCUUCUAAUAGCAUCAGAGCAAAGUUCUCUAAACUGUAUAAGUAUUGGACAGAUAAUGUCUUGCCAUAUGCCUUUGUAUGGGUGUAUCCUGCAUUUAAAAGGCCAAGCCCCCAUUGUCUUCACUCGAAUAUUUACCUACCUUCCAACUAGAGCUUGCAUUCUAUUACGUCUCUCUACCACCACUACCCACAUCCCAUUUUUGAGAAAUAAACUACACCAUAAAGUGGC